UCAGGCUCUUUUAGAGCCGCUACCUCUUCUGAUUCUCCAGCCCUGCCCCUCGCAGACUUUGGGGUGUCCCCCAGAUCCCUCUGAUCGUUCCCCGGGUACAGAUCUAUCACUGGUGGCCAUGGCAUUGCUCACCCAAGAACUCGGACCCCACAUCUCCUUGGCCCUGCUGCUCCUCCUAGGCUGGAUCUCUGGCCCAGCCAUGGGCUUCUCAGGGACUUCAGAUGUAGUGCUAGCGUAUAAUUUAACUUGGAAAUCAACGAAUUUCAAGACCAUUUUGGAAUGGGAACCCAAACCUGCCAAUUAUGUCUACACUGUUCAGAUAAGUCAUAAACUCGGAGAUUGGAAAAACAAGUGCUUCCAGACUACUGACACAGAGUGCGACCUCACUAAAGAGAUCAUACAGGAUGUGAACCAGACGUACAGAGCGAGGGUCCUUUCCAUCCCCUUACAUACGGAGACCUUCAGAGAGGAGCAACCCUUUACCAACUCCCCGGAAUUUACACCUUUCCUGGAGACAAAUAUUGGCCAGCCAAUGAUUCAGAGUUUCAAACGAGUCGGGAAAAAACUACAUGUGAUUGUCCAAGAUGCACGUACCCCAAUCAAGGUGAACCGUACGUUCCUAAGCCUCCGAGAUGUCUUUGGCAAAGACUUAAAUUAUAUCAUUUAUUAUUGGAAAUCUUCCAGUACAGGAAAGAAAACAGCCAAGACAAACACUAAUGAGUUUCUGAUUGACGUGGACAAAAAAGACUACUGUUUUCAUGUUCAAGCAGUGAUUCUCUCACGAAAGGAAAACCAGAAGAGUCCAGACAGCAACAUUGAAUGCACUAAUGAAGGGGAUGGCUUAUCUCGAGAACUAUUCUUCAUUAUUGGAACAGUGGUGUUUGUGGUCAUCAUCUUGAUCAUCAUCCUCGCUGUGGGCCUGCAAAGGUGCAGAAAGAGGAGGGCAAGGCGCCAUAGAAAGGAGAGGUAUCCCAUCAACUCUUCGUAAAUAAGCGCUGGCAACUACUGGAGAGGUUAUAUUGCACUGUGACCAAGAACUUUGAA